UAAAAGAAUAACGUGAUAAGAAAAAAGAAAACAAAAAAAACUUAAUGAAUACCACAAGGCAGCGAAAUAAUGAAUUGGUAAGUAAACAUGACCAGAUCCAGAACCGUCCGACAUCAAAUACCAGAUACUAAAUAAAAGAGAUUGCACAUGUUUUUGAAACGUAAUUAAGUCUUUUUAUUUCCAGAACUGAACCGAAUAUACACAAAUCUAAAAAAAUUCUCUUACGUAAAGGUAAACAACUAAACAUAAGUAAGUGAUAAUACUAUUCAGAAUAAUUAUUAACUAUACAUACAAAUCACUUGUUUAUCGACGCAUUUUGAUCUUACGAAGUGUAUAAAUAUGGCAAACAAGGUAUUUCAAACCAUUCUUCAAAGACAAGAAAAUGAAGCUCUUACUAACAACACUUUGUGCCUGCUUGCUAGCUGCCAGCUUUGGGAGCAAAUUACCUUCGACUUUUAAAAAAUGCAACUUGAAACAAACCUCCUCCCGUCUGUGUUUGCCGACAGCUAUCGAAAGUGCAAUAAAGCAGAUGGAUCAUCCUAUAAAAAACCUGGGUUUAGUGAGGCUAGAGCCUUUACUAAUUCCAUCUUUGAUUAUAGACGCCGGUUCUCAAUACGUGGGUACCAAACAAAUUUUUAAAAACCUGAAACUGUCGGGUUUCAACGAAACUUCUUGCUCCAAAGCCGACUUUAAUUAUAAUGAAAAAACAUUAAACCUGGACUGCGUCGUGCCAAAUUUCCGAAUGGACUUCAAUUAUGAGCUACGUGGGCAAGUUAUGACGAUGUCUAUUUAUGGGAACGGGACGGGAUGGCUCAAUUUCCACGAUAAUCAGUUUGGACUUACUUUCAAAUUUGGAGAAUACGAAAAGGACGGUCAAACAUAUUUUAAUAUCGUUCACCAGCAGCUUAAGAUGCAAGCCAAGGAUAUCGAUUUUGAUCUUCAAAACUUGUUUGAUGGUGAUGAAAAAUCGGCAGCUCAAGUCAAAAGGUUAAUAAAAGAAAACGUUUUGGAAAUAUUUGAUGACGUCAAACCUGGUUAUGAAGAAGCUUUUGGAAAGAUAUUUGCUUAUAUUUUUGAGACGAUUUUGGAGAAAGUCCCUGUGUUUGAUAUCUUCGGUUAAAGAUCGAUUUCGGAUUUUAUUGU